AAACAAGGAAUUAUUUAAUAAACAAAAAAGUUUAAUGUGUUUGAGAGCAUCAGUUGUGAAGUUGUGAAGAGGUAGAAUUGGUAUACAGUGAAUAGCCCUAUUUCAGUAAUGUUCUAGUCCAUAUUAUGACAAGAACAAGUAAACAAAAAUACUUUAAGAAAAGGUCAGUAAACUUUAAAUGUAUUCUUAAGUAUUAUCAAAAAAAUUAAAACAGGAAGACAAGGAGUUGCCUCUGUUACACUAUCUAUUCAUCAUAAGUUUACAUAUUAUACAAGUUCAUCAAAAACCGCAAGUUAAAAGCACCCCAUAUAAAAGAACACCUAAAUGCUUCACAGAGUAUUUUUCUUUGAAGUCAGCCACCGCUUCUUUUCGAGCUGCUUUGCCGAGCAGCCAGUGCGCUUAGAGGAAAGCCCAGCGACUCGGUUCCGAUACAUCAGUUCACAGACGCCCUGUGUUGUGGACAUCACCCUUUGUGAGCGGGGGGUUCGAACCGGAGACCUCCCGCUCAUAGUGGGAGCGCUUUAGACCGCUGGACCACUCGGCAGUUCUUUUAAGUCCCUUCAUAGCCUGGAUGACUGUGCCCAAACUUCUGACUGUUAGUGUAUGUAUAUGUUCAGUUUUAAUGUGCUUGCUCCAUCAAAGGGCCCUUGUCCAUAUUUAUAGAGCAUCAGCUGAUUGAUCUUUUCUUAGGUAUUCCUUCUUUUCAGGGUGAAAGGUUUAGUUACUUUAUGUGUUCUAUCAAGUCUGCCACAUGAGUUAUUUGCAUAGUGGGUUUUGCCCAUGUCAAGGCGACAAGCAGAUGUUUCCUGAUGAAAAGAGAAGUUUAAGCAGAAGAAAGUAGAGAAAGAGAAGAUAGGGAGCUUCUAUCACUAGUUUCAUAUGUAGGCUGGAUAUUAUAGCUGCGGCCCUCAUGUCCUUUGGGAAAUUAUUCAAACACCUGUUUUCUAUGCGCACAUCCUGUGUUAGGAUUUUACAGCUUAGCCCAGUCAGUAUCAGCAGCUCAUCAUUGUAGAUGGAUGUUGAAGCACAAGCCAUGAGCAGCUAUGAACCCCAAUAAACAAUGAGAUUAUUAGGCCAUGGUUCCUGGGUGUAACUCUAAGGACAUGGUCUGAUAGUGUUGUACAAAUGCAUCAUUGCAUCAAAUAUUCCCCUGAGCGUCUACUGCUGUAAUAGUUUCACGGUGGGGAGUAGCAACACCCCAAAUGUAGCCAUUGUCAUUAAUAACACCUCUCAUCAAUGCUUCAUUGCCUUUGAGGACCUGAGCAUGCCCCUGUGCAUCAGUAGGGUCUCAUAACACGGAAGAGGUCCACCACACAGCCAGCAUAAAUGGGUUUGAAAAACUCACGCCCAAAGCUCUACCCUGGAGACAUUAUUGAAUUCCCUCGAUGCAAGUACUUCUCCCACUUUGGAGUUUACUAUGGAGAGAGGGAUGGAGUUCCUUAUGUUGCUCAUUUGACAUGCAGGGAUUCGGAAACAAAAAUCCUUCUCUUCGGCCGGGCCUUGAACUCCUCUGUAAAACUGGAGCCACUUGAUGUUGUUGGGAAAAAAUACAAGGUGAAUAAUUACCUGGAUGAAAAACACCCACCUCGAGACUUCUACUCUCACAUCAAAUCUGAGAUUGAAGAGGCCAUGACUAAACCCAUCACCUUCGAUAUCCUGUUCCACAACAGCGAACACCAAGCAACCCUGUUACGCUACGGCGUCAAGAAGUCAGAGCAGAUUGAAAAAGUCUACUCAAAGAUUGUUCCCACCUGGCGUCAAGCAUUUGAGAAGAAAAUGUUUUGAUUUUUAAAAAUAAGUUUAUCUUGUUCUGAACCUUCUGAACAGAUCACUUACAUUUGACUACUGACUUCUUCUUUUUUAACUUUAUCAUAAUAAAGAUGCAGUAAGAAUGUAAGAUCUUCCUCUUUAUAAGAUCAGAACGAUACUGUAAGGCUUAGAAUUAGGACUCUGUUCUAAUUCAUGUUUUAGCAUGCAUAUAUGCCUCCACUUGGGGGCACCAUUGGGACAUUCAUGACUGUUCUAUGGGAGAAGUUACCAUGUAUAUAUAAAUAUAACAGAAAAGUAUUUUCUGAAAUUACUAUCCAGCUCUGAAGCUCUUAACAUCUCAACAUCUUUACAAUGCUCUCAUGACUGCUAAGUAUGGCACUAUUAAAACAAAUCAUUAUUUUGGAAGGGGGGAUUAAUUAUACAAUUGGCCAUAGCAUAUAAUAAAAUGAUUUUGGACAAUUUGUUGUUUGUAAAAACAAGAAGGACAGCUGCAUAUGCAUAAAAAUAAAGGGAAAAGGAAAAUUAUGAUUUUUUGAUAGUUAUGCAUAUUGGUGGUUAUAUAUGGAUUAUGAUACAUUAAGCUACGAGACUUCUCUAUAUCUAUUCUCUAUUAUUAAAUUUUGUAUAAACAUGUUUUCUGUAUAGCUUAAAAUAAAGUAUCUCAGAACACAAACGCUAUAAUACUUACAGAGAUGUUUAAAAAUUAUUAUUGCUUUUGUUUGUUAUUAUGUUCUUUCAAAUUGUAACCCACUGUAAAUCAUUUUUGUAAGCAAAAUUGGAAUAUAGAUGAUAUAAAUGUGGGAAAAAAUCGGAUGUCUUGUAAAUGAAUUUAUAUAUUUUUAUAGAUGAAACAGUGAUAUAAUAAAUACAAUCUAAAGUGACUUAAAUCUUGUGAUUUUGGUACUAUUUAACUCUAAUUCUUACAUUUUACACCUGUAAAAUCUAAACCAACAACUUGAAUUGAACUGGUAGUAGUUGAAAGCUUACUAAUUAUUUGCCAUAAACCACAAUAUAAAAGGAAACACCAUAAAUCUUCCUAAAAAUGAUGCUCAAUUAUUUUCACUAAAUUUAAAUGACUAAUCAUUUAUCUGAACCUAAAUCCAUUUUGGUUGAAUAAUUUGUUUUAACAAGAAUUGUUAAAAUUGCUUUUUUUCAUGUGGAAAAGUAUUUUGUCCUUUCAACCAAAUAUAUCUGACCAGUGUUCAAUAUGUGUUCAGUGAAAUAUACCUCUUCUCAAAUACUCCUUCUGUCCUCCUGUUUUCCAUUAUUAAACACAGAGAACAACAUUCUAACAUUCUAGAAUUGCAUUUCUGGUCCUCCAGAUAAUGCUUUUGUUGUAUUUCCAAGAAACAGUAUUAAAUAUUAAGUUGAAUCAACUAUGAUUUUGAAUAAAACAUUUAAUUACAUUGAUUCUCACCAUUAAUAAUGAUUGAUGUACUUAACUUUUUUAUUUAUUUAUUCACUCAAUAUUAACUAA